AUGGAUUUUAAAUUACAUAAAAAAUGUUUUGAAGUUUGGAAAAAUCAUCAAUUUAUACUUUUGCUAACAUUUUUCCAUAUAAUAUUUAUUAUUUUAAUUGCUAUUUUUGGACGUUAUCCUGAAUAUAAAGUUAAUGAUAAUAAUUUAUCAAAAAUGUCAACAAUUUAUCCAAUGUUUGCAGAUAUAAAUGUUAUGAUAUUUAUUGGUUUUGGAUUUUUAAUGACAUUUUUAAAACGUUAUGGAUAUUCUGCAGUUAGUAUUAAUAUGCUUCUUGCAACUUUUUCAAUUAUUUGGUCAAUUAUUAUUAGAGGAUUUUUAAAUGAAACAUUUUCAAGUAAUAAAUAUUUUAUAUUAUCUAUUACAAAUUUGAUUUAUUCAAAUUUUUCUGCUGGUGUUGUAUUAAUUUCAAUGGGAGUAUUAUUAGGAAAGUUAUCACCAACUCAAUAUUUAAUAAUGGCACUAUGUGAAAUUCCAGUAGCUAUGAUUCUUGAACAUGUUAUUACUGAAAUUUUAUUUGUAGCUGAUAUUGGUGGUAGUUUAGUUAUCCAUAUAAUUGGUUGUUUUUUUGGUUUGGGUGUUUCAAAAAUAAUUAAUAGAAGAGAAAUAUAUAAAUCAAAUAAUGAAUCAUCAGUUUAUCACAGUGAUUUAUUUUCUAUAAUCGGUACAUUAGCUUUAUGGAUUUUUUGGCCUAGUUUUAAUGGAGCAUUAGCUGAUGGUGAUAUUGGAAAAGAAAGAAGUGUUAGUAAUACAUUUUUAUCUCUUGUUGGUGCUACAAUUGCAACUUUUUUAACAUCAAAUUUAAUAAGUAAAAAAAAAGAAUUUAAUAUGGUUCAUAUUGGAAAUUCAACUUUAGCAGGUGGUGUAGGUAUUGGUAAUGUAGCAAAUGUUGUUACAAAUCCAUGGGUAUCUUUAGUAGUUGGAACAAUUAGUGGUUUUAUAUCUGUACUUGGAUAUGAAUUUGUAACACCAAUUUUAUCUAAAAAAGGAAUAUUACAUGAUACAUGUGGUGUAAUUAAUUUACACGGUUUUCCUGGGAUUAUUUCUGGUAUUUGUGGUAUAAUAUUUGCAUUUAUUUAUACAAAAAAUUAUUAUGUAAAUGAUGAGUAUUAUAUGAUUUUUCCAGAAACAAAAAAUGGACGUACAUCAUCUCAACAAGCACUAUAUCAAUUUAUUGGUUUAGUUAUUGCAUUAUUUGGAUCUUUAAUUGGUGGUAUACUUACUGGCAUAAUUUUACGUUUACCAGUUUGGGAUAAAGUACCAGAUGAUGAUUUGUUUUCAGAUAGUAAAUAUUUUCACACACCUGACGAUUAUGAAUUUACAACAAAGAUUUCAUCAAAUAUUAAAACUUUAAAAAACAAAAAACUAGAUUUAGAAAACAUUUAA